AAAAACAAAAGGAAGUUGGUAAAGAAGAAGCCGAAGCUGAUAAAGAAAAGCAAAAGGAAGUUGGCAAAGAAGAAGCCGAAGUUGAUAAAAAAAAGCAAAAGAAAGUUGAUAAAGAAGGAGCUGCAAUUGAUAAAGGAAAGCAGAAAGAAAUUGUUGAUAUCACAUCUGAUGUUAACUAUCAAGAUUUUAACGUUGAUGAUACUAAAAUUAUAGAGACUCUUGCAAAUACUGAAAUCUUUCUACAACAUUUAUUAGAACCAGAAAAACUAGAAGAUCAGGAGGAGAAAAGUGAAAACAACUAA